AUGAAGAAAGUGAAGAGUUCAACAAGAAACCAGUCUGCCAAGCAGGCCAGUGAUGCGCAGUGCCUUUGCUCUCUGGGCUAUCAGCCCUCCAAUGACAACGUGUGUGCUCUGAAAGUGUAUGAUCUUUGUCACCAUGGGAAGAGCCGUACACAGCAUGGACAGUGUCUGGACCGGCAUCAGUGGUCUGUCCACUGUGAGCGCCAGGUAUGUCCGUCAGCAGAAGCCUUUGGGGGCGUGGACCGUGAGCUGGGCCUUUGUUUAUGCAAAGAGCUCAGUGAGAGAGCCUCAUGUGGACCUCUGUGUCGGCGCAGAGUCACAGAAGAACUGAACCUCGACUGUAAAUCCAACGGGGAACUUGAACUGGUCUGGAGACAUGAGAACCAGGUGUCGUCCAUCUCCGGCAGAGUGCUGCAGACACUGUUCUUACGCUGGGAUCCCCUGGAGACUCUUCAGUGCAGCCGGAAGCUCAACAUCUCACGUCCAGUCUACAUUGUUCGGACAACAGAGGAAGGAUUCUUUGGUCUCCUUAGCGGCCUUCCAGAAGAACUGAACCACCUAUUUCCCAUUACGACACAACAAGAGACGGAGCGCUUCCUGGAAAGUGUUCUGUGGGAGGCCUCUCAAACAGGAAAUAUUAGUCACACAGAAGUGUCUCCAAAUUACUACCCUGAGUAUGACAUUGAUAACUUAUACAACACAAAUCCAGCUUUUGAUUGGGGUGCUUUCCGACAACUGAAAGAGGAGCUCUCCUUGUCUUGGACCCCUCCCAACCUCUUUUCAUUUGUCUUCAACCAGCCUGGAGUUUAUGCAUUUAAACUUAGCAGCCAUGAACAUAGACACAUGCGCAUGACCCAAGGAGCUGGGUUCUGGUGGAGUCGGCUAACAACGGCCUCGCUGCCCGAGUCAAACGAGCCGCAAAUCUACCGCAACAACAUUGCCGGAGGGCCCACCCAGACCAGCCAGGCCGCGCACAGAAACCCCUGA